GUAUAAUCACCACCAUGUCUAGUACCAAUCAAGCCCUCACGGUUGAGACCAUGAACCAGAAUAUCCGACAGGCAGAGUAUGCCGUCCGUGGUGCUGUCGUGGCCAAGGCUGCUGAGAUGAAGAAGCGUAUUGCUGAGGGCGACAAGACCGUCCCCUUCGAUCGUACCAUCCCUUGCAACAUCGGCAACCCGCAGGUCGUUGGUCAGAAGCCCAUCACCUACUACCGUCAAGUUGCUGCUAUCUGCACCUACCCUGCUCUUAUGGAGUCUUCUGAGUUCCCUGAGGAUGUCAAGGCCGCUGCCCAGUACUACUUGGAUGGCAGUAAUGGUGUCGGCACUGGUGGCUACACUAUGAGCCCCGGCCUCCCUUGCAUUCGGAAGCAGGUCGCUGCUUACAUCGAGAGACGUGAUGGUUAUCCUUGUGAUACUGAGAGGCUCUUCCUCACUACUGGUGCCUCUGAGGGUAUCAAACGUGUGAUGGAUAUGAUCAUCGCCAAGCCCGGUGUUGAUGGUGUCCUCCUCCCCUGCCCUCAGUAUCCCCUCUACUCCUGUGCUCUAACCAUGAACGGUGGCCGUUAUGACUACUACUACCUCAAGGAGGAGGAUGGAUGGAGUGUCUCUCAACAGGAGCUUCAGACCUCCUAUGAUCGUGCCGUGAGCGAAGGUAUGAACCUCAAGGCCAUCGCCGUUAUCAACCCAGGCAACCCGUGUGGCUCCGUCUUGAGUGAGGAGGACAUCCGCGGCAUCAUCACCUUUGCCCGGGAUCACAAUCUUCUUAUCAUGGCUGAUGAGGUCUAUCAGGAGAACAUCUACACUGAGAGGAAGUUCUACUCGUUCAAGAAGAUCCUCCGGGAUCUCCAGAAGGAGAACCCUGGCAAGUUUGACUUGGUCCAGCUGGUCAGCUUCCACUCUACCUCUAAGGGUCUCCUUGGUGAGUGCGGUCAGCGUGGUGGUUACAUGGAACUUGUUGGCUUUGAUGAGCCCACUAUCGCUCAGUUCAACAAGGUUGCAGCCUCUUGUCUUUCCUCUAACACUUUGGGUCAGAUCUUCGUCGGCCUUAUGUGCACUCCUCCCCCUGAGAACGGCCCCAGCUAUCCUCUAUUCAAGCAGGAGCGUCAGAACAUCUACGAUGGUCUUAAGAGGAGGGCCGAGGCCAUCUCUCAGGAGUUCAACAAGAUCGAGGGUAUGAGUUGCCAACGUGUCCAGGGUGCUAUGUACGCCUUCGUCAACAUCGAGCUCCCCAAGAAGGCUACUGAAGCUGCCAAGGCCCGUGGUUUCGCCAGUGCUGAUGUUAUGUACUGUCUCGAUUUGGUCGAGCAGACUGGCAUCGUUUGUGUCCCUGGUAACGGCUUCAAGGAGGUUGAGGGUACCAACCAUUUCAGGAUUACCAUCCUUCCUCCUGAUGAUAUGAUGAAGGAGAUGAUCGGUAAGCUCGCCGACUUCCAUAAGAACUUCCUCGCUAAGUACCAUUAGAUGGUAUAGUCGUGGAAGCUUCUACUAUUACGAUUGUUGUUAAUAAAGCUCUUCUACUACUACUGAUCUUCUUAUCACGAUUAACUACAAUAGCAUCGCUAUGGCUGAUCUCUGUCAGUGCCAAGGUAUGUGGGAGAUCUCCCUAUGAGAUGAUGCAGGAAGCUUCAAUAGAGACUAGCAGAUGAUGAUUAUUCAUCGAGAAUGUCCCUUCAUCCUCCGACGACCAUCGUUGGUCUGUGUACAAGUUUCAAGUAG